UUCAGCUAUCUCUUCUUCUGUGAUCAGUCUGGAGGAGACAAACAGAACUACUUACACUAAAUUGGCACUUUCCUUCCCCUGUAUCACUUUAAACAAUGACAGACAGCAAAGAGAGGAAAUUUCAUAGGAUGUAGAGGAAGUUCCAUUCUUGCCACUGGGAUCGUUUCUCACCAUUGCACAUACAAACCAUGUGCCUAUAAAAACCAGUGAGCACUAAUAAAGAAUUUCCAGCAGUUAAAUGUUUGUUACACCACUGACAGGAGACAACCUUUAGAAUUUUGUGCCUCUUUUUUGCAGUCCCUUUCUCUCAUUUCAAAGAGGUGUCCUGUUCACUUCAGAAUUAAAAAAAAAAAAAUGACUGAAAUGCUUCUACUGAAUGUUCCCUCCUCAAACCAGAGUGAAAACAAGAACAAUUCAACUAUUUGCCCGGACUUGAAUGACUGGUGGGAAAUUGUGUACGAUAUAGUACCCAAGUAUAUUGACACCAUCUGCAUUAUUGGAACUCUUGGAAAUGUAUUUGUUCUCUUCACUUAUUCAUUGCACAAGGGCCCCUUGAAGAUAGCUGAAAUCUACCUUAUGAACCUAGCUGUUGCUGAUCUUAUCUUCCUCGUGUGCCUGCCUUUCUGGGCAGCAAACAUCAGGAAUGGAUUUAACUGGCCAUUUGGCAAUUUGCUUUGUCGUAGCACCUGUGCAUCCAUCCGCCUAAAUGUGUACACCAGCAUCUACUUGCUGGUGGCAGUCAGUGUGGAUCGCUAUUUGACUUUUGUUCAUACCUUGAACCACAGAGGGAUACGGAACAAAACUAUGGCCAAAAGGAUCUGCUUGCUCGCCUGGUUCUUCAGCAUCCUUCUCAGCGUCCCAACCUUUAUGUUUCGGACUGUGAAACACCUUCCCCUGUGGAACAUUUCAGCAUGUGCUUUAGACUUCCCCACGACAUCGUGGAUAACAUCUGAAAGGCUGGUGUUCAACAUAGUGGGGUUUGCGUUGCCAUCUACAGCAAUCAUCUUCCUUAAUUUCUCUACCAUUCGCUCCCUGCAAAAACAAGCAAGAGACCGAAGAUCACUCAGAACAAAGAGCUGCAAGGAGCACAAAGGCACAAAGGCUACCAGCUUGAUCUUCACAGUGAUACUGAUGUUUCUUUUGUGCUGGACCCCUUACCAUUUUUUUGUAUUCCUUGAUAUAUUACACCAGAUAGAAGUUAUCAAAGGCUGCUUCUGGGAGGAACUGCUCAACUUUGGUGAGCAGUUUGGUUAUACUCUGGCUACCACGAACAGUUGCAUUAACCCUGUGAUUUAUGUCUUUGUUGGGAAAUACUUCAGGCAAAAGGUUUUAGAAGUUUUUUCACAGAUUAUUCCCUGUGGAUUCCCUUUGAGCUGGAUGUCAUUCAAAGAAAAGUCUUCAUAUUUCAAAAGGUUUCCACUCAGGAGUAGUUUAACCUAAUGGUUCUCAGUUCCACCUUCAUUUUGAUACUGCAACCUAUUUCAAAUGGCAUUAGAAAUGAAUAGGAGUUGCACUGAUAUGGCAUUCACAGACUAAGCUAAUAAUUUAUUAAAGUAAAUCACUUGACUGUUUAUUUGUCCUCAGGUUUGCUUUUCUUUCUCUGUUAUCCAUCCAAAUGCAUAACAUAUGAUACCAGAAUUUUAUACCAAAUGAUCUAACCUGUCUUAUUAAAUGUCAGAGACUUGAAAGAAAAACUCUUUGACAGGAUAUCAGAAGUCUGGUUUCUUUACAGAAAGCCAUAAGCUGGCUGAAUAUUUUACUGCAUUGUAUCUGUGAUGAUGACUACUAUACCACCAAUAACAUGAUACAUAAAAUUAUAACAUAUCUUACAGAGCAAAUAUGAACUUAAUCUUCAGCUGAUAGCUGCAUUUGAGCAAUUAUAGAACAGCUCCCGUUGUUUUUAAUGAUAUUUUAAAUGGUUUGCACUUUCACAGUAACAUAUGAAAAAAAUUGUGUAUUUCAAAAAUAUUCAGUGCACAAAUAUUGUACAGACAAUGUACCACAAAGAAAGUGUACAUAAGCUGUAAAGAGAGCAAAACAACCUUGUAUCCUUCUCAAAAUCUGACUUUUUUUGAUCCAGUAAAAUGUUACACGAUUACUCAUCAAGUACAUAAAGAUUCUUUUUAUUUUUUCAUCUAUGAAAAUAUCAGUGAUGGCCAUUGGUACUGUAUUAUUUUGGAAUAUCUUUCAU